AUGUCUAUGGAGAGCACAAUGAAUGCCAUGGAUACAAUGGAUGCGAUGGGUCCGAUCAACGGCAGAGCAGAGACCAAUACCAGUGCAAAUGCCAAUGCAAACGUCAAUGCAAAUGCCAAUGCAAAUGCCAAUGCAAAUUUGAAUACAACCACAGCUGCCAAUGUUAAUGAUGGUGCAAACACCAAUGGAAACAACAAUGUAGGUGCAAACACACACACUGCUACAAACACAGCUGUAAACGCACACACCGCUGCAACGGCUAGUACCGGUGCAAGUGCCAACAUGAAUGUCCACUCUUCCACGACGUUUGCAAACACGUUGCAAACCACUGUGGAGAGUGGGAUUCCCAUCAAGAGAGGCAGAGGCAGACCCCGCAAGUACACGCUAGAGGAGCGGCCGUCCCGGCCCAAGCUUCCUCCUCUGUAUGAUGCCGAAGGGAACAUUAUCAAGCGUAAAAGAGGACGUCCUAGAAAGCAGGUUGAUGACACCGGCGUGCAGAAAGUCAAGCGGGGGAGAGGCCGACCACGUAAGGAUGGGUCUAUUCUUGGAGUGGGAGUUGUUGGUGGCAUUACGCAUAUUGGCCAUGGACACGAGGGUGAACAGAGCCACAAUCACAACCACAACCUCACCCAUAACCCAGAACAUACAGAUGCUUCCACCGUGGCGAAUGCCGUCAAUGCCGUCAAUGCAGUGAAUGCCGUCAGCGAGGCCAAUAAGGGAGGCGUUGGUGUGGAAGUGGAUGUGGAUGUUGGCUUACACGGAGAACACCAGCACCAACACCAGCACCAACACCAACACCAUCAAGAACAUACUCAUGAGCAUCAACAUGAUGAACACGAGCACGAGCACGAGAAUCUCAAAAAGGACGAGCAGAGUGAAAAUGUUGAUGACGACGAUCUCAACCUGAACCUCAACUUGAACUUUAUGGGUCUCUACCCCGGUAACUAG